AUGUCGAAAGAAGCCCCUCUCUCAAUCGCAGAGCGCGAGUUCAUUCUUGAAGCUUUGCGACAGGACUCCCGCCUCGAUGGACGCACACCAGACCAGUUCCGUCCCCUGAAGAUCUCAUUUGGGGACGAAUAUGGACAUGUGAACUUGGAGCUUGGCAAUACUAGCAUCAUUGUUCGCAUCUCUGCUGAGGUCACGAAGCCACGAGAUGAGCGUCCCUUCGACGGUCUAUUCAACAUCAACCUAGAGCUUUCCGCAAUGGGCUCCCCCGCGUGGGAGAAUGGUCGACCCAACGAUGUCGAAUCGUCUGUGACGCAUGUCCUCGACAGCGUCAUCCGCCACUCCAACGCUCUCGACACCGAAUCCUUGUGUAUCCUCAAAGGCGUGAGCUGCUGGAGCAUCCGUGCUGAUGUGCACGUUGUUGCAUAUGACGGAAACUUGACUGAUGCCGCCUGUAUUGCUGUCAUGACCGGACUCCAGCACUUCCGCCGCCCAGAUGCUGUCGUGCGUGAUGGUCAAGUCGUUGUGUACGGCGUGGAGGAACGAGUCCCCGUGGCGCUCAAUAUUACCCAUAAGCCUCUCUCCGUCACCUUUUUCGCCUUCAACGAGAGCAAGAACAUCAUUGUCGAUGCGACACUGAAGGAGGAGCAGGCCUCCGAAGGUGAACUGGUCAUCGGCAUCAACAAUGGCGGAGAGAUGUGCUUCAUGAACAAGUUCUCGGGUGCAACCAUCAACGCCAGAGAAAUCGUGACGCGCACUUCUGUCGCCUUGGAAAAGGUCAAGGAUCUCAAUGCUCAGAUCGACAGGGCGAUGCAAGCUGACCUGGCCCUGCGAGCGAAGAGGGGAAUGGCUGAAGAAUCUCGCGCCGAGAAUGACCGCUAA